UUCAUACUUUCAUUCCUGUCUCAUUCUGUUUUAACAUUCCAUCUCUCUCCGGCAUUUUUCUAGGCCAUCGCCGGCAGCCAAAUCCCCCCGGUGUCCGGCGUCCGGCGUCGUCAGCAACAUGCAGAGGUUUGUAAUAAGAAGAGCAAGAUGGGUUGGAGAGGUACGAGGUGGAUCACAACGUUGUUAUUCUCAAUUAGGCCUAGCAUCCAAAAAGGACGAUGAUAUGAUCACACCUCGGAUGCCUCACUUCGACUACUCUCCUCCGCCGUAUGACGGGCCCACCGGCGAUGAAAUCAUGAACAAACGGAGAGAGUUUCUUAGCCCUUCCAUGUUCUACUUCUAUGAAAAACCGCUUAAUCUGGUACACGGCAAGAUGCAAUACUUAUAUGACGACAAUGGACGUAGAUAUGUUGAUGCAUUUGGAGGAAUUGCAACUGUAUCUUGUGGACACUGCCACCCUGAUGUCGUAGAAGCAAUCAUAAAUCAAACCAAACGCUUACAGCACUCCACCAUCUUAUACCUUAAUCACACAAUCACUGAUUUUGCUGAGGCACUUGCUUCUAAGUUGCCUGGUGAUCUCAAGGUUGUGUUCUUUACUAAUUCUGGGACUGAAGCAAAUGAGUUAGCAAUGAUGAUGGCAAGACUAUACACGGGUCGUCAUGAUAUCAUCUCUCUUAGGAAUGCUUACCAUGGAAAUGCAGCUGCCACUAUGGGCACCACUGGGCAAAGCAUAUGGAAAUUCAAUGUAGUACAGAGUGGAGUGCAUCAUGCCAUAAACCCUGACCCAUACAGAGGAGUUUUUGGUUCUGAUGGUGAGAAGUAUGCGAAGGAUGUUGACGAUCUUAUCCAAUUUGGAACAUCUGGAAAAGUUUCUGCUUUUAUGUCUGAAUCCAUACAGGGAGUUGGUGGAAUAGUUGAAUUGGCUCCAGGUUACUUGCCUGCUGUAUACAACAUUAUACGAAAAGCGGGAGGUCUUUGUAUCGCAGAUGAAGUUCAAGCAGGAUUUGCUCGCACUGGGAGCAAUUUCUGGGGAUUUGAGAACCAAGAAGUGGUUCCUGACAUAGUGACAAUGGCAAAAGGCAUUGGAAAUGGAAUACCACUUGGGGCUGUAGUAACAACUCCUGAGAUAGCACAAGUCUUGACUCAUCAUAAUUACUUCAACACAUUUGGUGGAAACCCUGUGUGUACCGCUGCUGGACUUGCUGUUCUUAGAGUGAUUGAAAAAGAAAAGCUUCAAGAAAAUGCUCGUGUUGUUGGUUCCUACUUGAAAGAGCGCCUUUUGGCUAUCAAAGAUAAGUAUGAAAUUGUUGGUGAUGUGAGGGGAAAAGGACUGAUGCUUGGCGUUGAACUAGUUACUGACAGCGAACUGAAAACUCCUGCAAGAGCUGAAACUCUGCAUAUCAUGGACAAGAUAAAAGAUAUGGGAGUAUUAGUUGGCAAGGGUGGAUUCUAUGGAAAUGUCUUCAGAAUUACACCUCCACUAUGUUUCACUAAAGAAGAUGCAGAUUUUCUAGCUGAUGUCAUGGAUUGUGCACUGUCAAAGAUAUAAGGAUUCCGUCCAAGAUACUACACUUUAAUUUAAUAGCUAGGCUGUUUAUAUUUUCCCUUAUAACCAUAUAAUGGUUAGAUAUCUUAAUGUCAUAGUUAAAUGAAACUUAUAUUAUUAUAUACAGCUUUUAUAUUCUUAUGUCAGUUGCAAAUUAACAACCAAAUGUAUCUGUA